AUGAGCUGUCCGAAAUUCUUCGUCGUGGCACGCGUCGUUGGGAGGGAUGGGGCGCUUCCGUUGGUACAACGUCUCGUCCACCUGUGCAACGUCUCCGCAACAGAAACCCUAGGCGACACAUACUACUGGGGCCAGGAUCUCGACGGCGAACCGGACACGCUCUGGGGUCUGGAAGGUUACACCCACCCCGUGGGGUUCUUCCUCGGCCACGUGUCGACCGACAUCUUCAAGCGAGAGAUGGCCCUGGUGGACGCCGACCAACUGCUCCGACACGAGCAAGGCCUCGCCAGUCGCGACUACGACCUCCAUCAUUACGACUGGGCGGGCGGCUGGCUCAAGCGGGGGGACGACCCGGAUCGAGACUCCAAGACAAGCCAUGUCGUCGUCUACCAUUUCUGGGCGGUCGACAAGGACUGUCGCGCAGAGCUCAUGACGGCGCUGGGUAACUUCGCUACGGAAACGAAGGACUCGCAAGGUCCCAGUGGGACGUUGCAGAGCUGCGCCGUCCUCAAGGAAUGCAGAGACGAAACAAUGACGACGUUGUGGUUACGGACGAAAACUGCCGAGGAUUUCAAUCUACUUCAUUCAUCCGAGAGAUUUCAAGCCCUUCUCGCCAGUGUCAAACCCAUCGUGGCGAGGACAGAGAUUCACCAGUCAAAAGCAUUUAACGGCCAUCUGGAUCUGAAGCCUGCCCCCUCCUGA